AUGGCCCCGAGCAUGAAGCGUCCAGCCGCACGUGCCACUGGCACUCAGAAGAAGCCUGCAGCAAAGCGACGCGCUGUCGCAGAGGAAGAGGACGAUGAGGAAGAGCAGUUGGAGGACGCAGACGGGGAGGAAGAAGGAGAGGAGGACGAAGAGGAAGAGGAGGAGGAAGAGGAAGAAGAGGAUGAGGAGGAGGAUGCAGAGGAGGAAACUGCUGUGCUCCGCAAGCCAGCUGCCAGAGUUGUCAAGCGGCCGGCAUCCGCUCAGGUAGAGGACGAGGAUGAAGAGGCAGAGGAGGAGGAUGAUGAGGAGGAAGCGCCCAAGCCCAUGAAGCGCGCCAUGAAGGCUCCCCCAAGUAAGCGCGAAGCCAAGGCAGCCGCUCGUGAGGCGGAGCGGAGGAGCAAGGUCGUGGCCCGGCUGAAGAAGGAGAUCAAGCCGCUCGCGCAGAAGCUGAAGGGCAAGAGAGAGGAGCUAAGGCAGGCAGAGCAAGACCUUGAAAAGUUGGCCACAGCUGCUAACAAGUUGGGCAAAGCUGUCGAAAAAGAUGUAAAGGCCAAGGAGCUGAGGCGGAAGAAGCUUGCAAGAACCAGGCAGAAGAAUGCCAGUGAGCGGGUGCGAAACCUGAAGGAGAAGUUGCAGGACGCCAAGGCCGAGAUGGCUCGAUUUAAGACAGCCAAGGAUCAGGCGAAGAAGAAGUUUUCAGCAGCCGAGAAGGAGUACAAGCGGCUGAAGACCAAGGGGGAUCAGUACAGCCACAGCGGCUUUGGCACGAAGCGUGCCUUGGAGGCAGCAAAGGCAGAUUCGGAGAAAGCGGAGCUGGGCUACACGAGGGCAUCA